GCUCCAUCCCGCCGCAGUGAGCGGCGCUACGGGGAGCACGGGCCCGGGACAGCGGGGCGCUCUUGCGGCCGGCCUGGGCCGCCCUACCCGCCGCCGUCCCGCCGCCUCGCAGGCCGCCGUCCCGGCUGCAGGAUGACCCCUCCGUCUCACUGGGACUUCCCGGUGGAGCUGUGCUGCCGGCCCAUGGCGUUCGUCACGCUCACCGGCCUGGACGUGGUGUACAACGCCGUGCACCGCGCCGUGUGGGACGCCUUCUGCGCCAACCGCAGAGCCGACCGCGUCCCCAUCUCCUUCAAAGUGCUGCCCGGCGACCACGAGUACCCCAAGUGCAGGACGAAGAGGACAUCCUAUGAGUGGUAUAUUCCAAAAGGAAUCCUGAAGACUGGUUGGAUGAACAAACACCUGAAUUUGGUUCCAGCACUUGUGGUGGUAUUCUAUGAACUGGACUGGGAUGAGCCACAGUGGAAGGAAAAACAGUUGGAGUGUGCUACUCGAGUUGAAAUUGUCAGGCAAAGUUUGCAGGGAAGAAAUACCAAAGUUGCUGUGGUUUUGAUUCAGAAAAAAACACCAUUGCCUCCAGGGGAAGAUGUUAUUGCAUCAGAGAGGGCUGCAGCUUUGUGUAAUGCUUGUGACCUUUCUGGAAAAUCACUGUUUGUACUUCCCCACACUGAUCACCUCGUUGGCUAUAUUAUAAGGUUGGAAAAUGCUUUCUAUGAGCACGCACAGACUUACUAUUAUACGGAAAUAAGAAGAGUUAAAUCUCAUAAGGAGUUCUUGAACAAAACCACUCACCAGCUUUUGUUUGUUAGACACCAGUUCAAAAUAGCCUUCUUCAGUGAGCUGAAACAGGAUACACAGAAUGCUCUCAAAAUUCCAGUUUCAUGGAUUUUUUCAUUGUCUUAUGCAGGCUUUGAUCUUUCUGAUCCUGAAAAGGAGAAGAUGGGGAUUUUAUCCCUACAGCUAAAAGAGAAAAAUGUUCUUCACUCAGAGCUAAUAAUCACUUUGUUGAGUAAUGCUGUCGCACAGUUCAAGAAAUACAAAUGUCCAAGGAUGAAAAGUCAUUUGAUGGUUCAAAUGGGAGAAGAAUAUUACUAUGCUAAAGAUUAUGCCAAAGCUUUGAAACUGUUGGAUUAUGUUAUGUGUGAUUAUCGCAGUGAAGGAUGGUGGACCCUCCUCACUUCCAUACUGACAACAGCACUCAAAUGUUCAUAUCUGAUGGCCCAGCUGAAAGAUUACAUCACAUACUCUUUAGAGCUACUGGGCAGAGCAUCUACUCUUAAAGAAGAUCAGAAAUCUCGAAUAGAAAAAAAUCUCAUAAAAGUUCUGAUGAAUGAAAGCCCUGAUCCUGAACCUGAUUGUGACACUGCUGCUGUGAAAGCAUCACAGAAAUUGUGGGCUGACCGUGUUUCUUUGGCAGGCAGUAAUAUUUUUACGAUAGAAGUCCAAGAUUUUAUACCAUUUGUACAGUGCAAAGCAAAAUUUCUUGCUCCUAGUUUUCAUGUUGAUGUUCCUGUGCAGUUUGAUGUGUACUUGAGAGCUGAUUGUCCUCAUCCUAUCAGGUUUUCUAAGCUCUGCAUCAGUUUCAACAAUCAGGAUUACAACCAAUACUGUGUUGUAGAAGAAGCCUAUCAGAAAAGUGAUAUUCUAGAACAGUCACCACAAGGAACAAUGUGCUUAGUGCCUGGCAAAACAAGAAAGUUCUCUUUCAAAUUUGUUGCAAAAACUGAAGAUGUAGGAAAGAAGAUUGAGAUCACUUCUGUGGAUUUGAUCCUGGGAAGUGAAUCUGGCCGCUGUGUGAUUCUGAACUGGCGAGGAGGAGGGGGAGAUGCUUCCUCAUCUCAAGAAGCAUUGCAGGCAGCACGGUCCUUCAAGCGCAGACCUAAGCUUCCAGACAAUGAGGUGCACUGGGACACUUUGACAAUUCAGGCAAGCACGAUGAUUAUUUCUAGAGUGCCGAAUAUUUCCGUUCAGCUCCGUCAUGAACCUCCUGCCCUGACUAAUGAAAUGUAUUGUUUGAUUGUGACAGUCCAGUCACAUGAGGAGACAGUGGCCAAAGAUGUCAAGCUAACAGCAGGUUUAAAGCCAGGACAAGAUGCUAACCUGACUCAGAAAACUCAGGUGACUCUUCAUGGAACAGAUGCAUGUGAUGACUCUUUUCCUGCACUGCUUCCUGAUAUCCCUGUAGGAGACUUGCAACCAGGGGAAAAGCUGGAAAAACCAAUAUACAUCCGUUGUGGAACAGUUGGUGCAAGAAUGUUUCUGUUUUACAUUUCUUACUUAAUCAACACUGUUGUUGAGGGGAAAGAAAUCCUCUGCAGGUGUCACCGGGAUGAAACUGUAACCAUAGACACAGUAUUUCCUUUUGAUGUUGCCGUCAAAUUUGUCUCCACAAAGCUGGAACACUUGGACAGAGUAUUUGCAGAUAUACCAUUUUUACUGAUGACGGACAUCCUGAGUGCCUCUCCUUGGCCUCUCACUAUUGUAACAAGCAAGUUACAGCUGUCAGCUUCCAUGACCCCAGUAGAUCAACUGGAAUCUUAUGUGGAGAAUGUUGUUUUACAGACAGGUGAGAGUGCCAGUGAGUGCUUUUGCCUUCGAUGUCCUCCAGUUACUAAUGCUAGUGGAGUGGCAACUGGAUGUUAUAUAAUUUCCUGGAAGAGAAGUUCACCUGUGGAAAGUGUACCUGUUGUUAACACAGUCAUCACUCUGCCACAUGUGAUUGUAGAGAGCAUUCCCCUCCAUGUUAAUGCAGAUCUGCCAUCAUUUGGUCGAGUCCGAGAGUCCUUACCUGUGAGGUAUCACCUGCAAAAUAAGACCAAUUUAGUCCAGGAUGUGGAGGUGUCUGUGGAACCCAGUGAUGCCUUCAUGUUCUCUGGCCUGAAACAGAUCCGGCUACGAAUCCUUCCUGGCUCGCAGCAGGAAAUGCUGUAUAACUUCUAUCCUCUGAUGGCUGGCUAUCAGCAGCUGCCUUCUCUUCACGUUAACCUGAUGCGAUUCCCAAACUUCACCAACCAGUUGCUCAGACGUUUCAUACCGACACACAUUUUUGUGAAGCCUCAGGGUCGUCAAGCAGAUGACAACUCAGUUGCAGCUGCAUAACUUUGACACCUGUACCUCUGCACUUCAAGAAAUGGAUGUUGCACAGAAUAUGUAAAGCUCACUUUGGAAACAAGGCUUUGAUCAAACCAUAAGAAUUAAAUUUUAUUUUGGAAUUACAACUCUUAGCAGAACUAAUGUUUAAAAAAAAGCUAGUGUUUCAUAGACUUUCUUUAAGGAAUAAACACGUGGGGAAAUCUUGGUGCUUUAUUUAACGGGAGCAUUCUUUUGAAGUUAAUUUUGAAUGUCAAACUCUUAAAGUAUUAUUGAGGCAUAUUAAGUGUCUUGAAUAUUUAAGAAAUGCUAAUUCAUUUGACCAAACCUGAAAGAUGUUUUCACAGUUAACAGUGCAAAGUGCGAAGUUUGUAUUUACUGUUAGAGAUUUACAACAUUGAAAAUUAUCAUUUUUUACAGAAGUUUGUCCUGUGCCACUUGUGUUGAAGACAGAGCAGGUCGUGCAGUAGCACUGUAAAUUACAUUGUGCUAUUGCAAUUGAGCAGCUUACUUGUCCUUUAAAACCAUAACUCUCAAAAGGCACUAUUUCUCCUGGGUAAGCCAUACAUCCAAUUUUGAAUUCAGCAGCUAGUCUAAAGAACAGAGAUUCAGUCAUACCAGUUGGACUAUCCAACCUGGAGCUGGUGUGGUUUGGGGCUACUUUUACACAGUUUCCAGAUUAAAGACAUGUCUUGAUAUUCUCCUGCUGUGUGAAUUUAAAAAAUAAAUAUCCUACCAUUGUACAGCUCUGGAUGAAGUGGUGUGUAAAGUACAGUAAAAUAUGUAUAUAUAAAAAAUUGCAUUGUGAAAAUUUACAUUGUUUAACUUUCUAAAUAAUUACAUUUUGAUUGCUUGGGAAAUACCUUAUUUAUUGUCAAAGUGAAGUUCUAAUAAACUGCUUGUGACAGAGUA